AUGACAUCUCCACUCAUCCAAUCCAAGUUGGAUGCUAUUGUAGAGACACUAAGGAACUCUUCGUCAAAGGUGGUCCUGCUGUUUAUGUCCUUGUCUUUCACUAAAUUGUUCCUGUCUGAAAUGGAGAAUUACAACAUAACUGGAAAGCAGUGGCUUGGCAGUGAGUCUUGGAUCACACAAGCAGACCUGGCUUCUGUUGAGCGAAAAUACAUGUUACAGGGGGCAAUGGGCUUUGCCCUCCCUCAGGCGUCCAUACCAGGUCUUGGUGAAUUCUUACUUAGCUUGAAACCUUCUGAUGAACCACAAAGUGAUAUAAUUAAAGCUUACUGGGAGAAGUUCUUUGACUGCAGUUUUUCUCCAUCAAAUACCUCUGCUGUGUGCACUGGCAAAGAGGACCUCAGGACAGUGUCCAGUGACUACACAGAUGUGACACAUUUCAGGCCUGAGAAUAAUGUGUACAAAGCUGUGUACUUGGUGGCAUAUGCUCUCCAUACACUAUUGGAGUGCAGAAAUGGGUCUAAUCCUACCACAGGAAAGCCCUGUGUGAACAAAAAUGAUGUUCAGCCAAAGCUGGUGUUGGAACAUAUUAAGUAUGUGAACUUCACCACACAGAAUGGGGCCAAAGUUUUCUUUGACGAAAAUGGAGACUCAGUUGCCCAGUAUGACUUAGUUAACUGGCAGAUGAAAGAAGAUGGCUCUGCUGAGAUUGUGAAUAUUGGUCAUUAUGAUACGUCUUUUCCAGAGGCAGAAACAUUCAAACUAAAAGAAAACAUCAAAAUAGUUUGGGGAGCAAACAGUAAUGAGGUGCUAAGGUCUGUCUGCAGAGAACCAUGCCCACCAGGGACCCGUAAGGCCAUAAACAAGUUUAAGCCAGUGUGCUGUUUCGACUGCUUUGGGUGCCCAGAGGGAACAAUAAGUAAUCAGACAAAUUCUCCAGAAUGUUUGAUCUGUCCUCCCAAAUUCUGGCCAAAUGAAAAGAAAGAUCGGUGUCGUCCAAAACCUAUUGAAUACCUUUCCUACAAAGAGGUCAUGGGGACACUUUUAACUGGAUUUAGCUGUGUCGGUGUAUUUUUAUCCCUUCUGACAUUGAUGAUUUUCUUGGCUCAUAAAGAGACUCCCAUUGUAAAAGCCAACAACUCUGAGCUGAGCUUCCUGCUGCUCUUCUCCUUGACUCUGUGUUUCCUGUGUUCUCUGACCUUCAUCGGCCGGCCCUCUGAGUGGUCCUGCAUGCUGCGGCACACAGCAUUCGGCAUCAAUUUUGUCCUCUGUAUCUCUUGUGUUCUCUGCAAAACUAUAGUGGUUUUAAUGGCAUUCAGAGCAACACUCCCAGGCAGCAAUGUGAUGAAAUGGUUUGGUCCUACACAGCAGAGGCUAAGUGUUCUGGCUUUCACCCUCAUUCAGGUUGUGAUUUGUGUCCUUUGGCUGACAAUCAGCCCUCCAUUUCCAAAGAUGAACAUGAAGUACUAUAAAGAAAAGAUAAUCUUAGAGUGUGCCGUGGGUUCAGCUGUUGGAUUCUGGGCUGUGUUGAGUUAUAUCGGACUUCUUGCUCUCUUGUGUUUCAUACUUGCUUUUCUUGCUAGGAAACUGCCAGACAGCUUUAAUGAAGCCAAACUGAUAACUUUCAGUAUGCUGAUAUUCUGUGCAGUCUGGAUCACAUUCAUCCCAGCAUAUGUCAGCUCUCCUGGCAAGUUCACUGUUGCUGUGGAGAUAUUUGCCAUCCUGGCAUCCAGUUUUGGUUUGCUGGCAUGCAUUUUUUUCCCAAAAUGUUUCAUCAUUAUCUUCAAUCCAGAAGAAAACUCAAAAAAACAUAUGAUGGGAAAAACACCAACAAGAAAUCUUUAA